AGGAGUGGCUCCUUCCUUGUGGGGCUCCCACUCUGAUUGGACAGGUAGACUCAGAUGUGUAGAUGAUGAGUAAGACAAAUAUCAUGUGGUCACAGCUGGCAGUUGAAUCCUCAUGCAGGCUGAAAGAGCUUUGAUGACAGUAGAGUAAAAUAAUUCUUCUGACUCUUACCUCCCCACCAAAAAAAUAAAAGGUCUUUAACUUUUCUGAAACACAGGUCGCCAAAGGGAGAAACUGCUAUGAGUAUGUGGAUGGGAAGGACAGAUCCUGGGCCAACUGGAUGAGGUAUGUGAACUGUGCCCGGGAUGAUGAAGAGCAGAACCUGGUGGCCUUUCAAUACCACGGGCAGAUUUUCUAUCGAACCUGCCGGGUCGUCAGGCCAGGCUGUGAGCUGCUGGUCUGGUUCGGGGAUGAGUAUGGCCAGGAGCUGGGCAGCAAGUGGGGCAGCAAGUGGAAGAGAGAGCUUGCGGCCAGGAGAGAAAAUAAACUCCAGUGGGGAAUCCCCUCAGAGAUUACUUCAUCUGCAAGUGAGAGCAUGUGCAUUGGCCAGAGAGGAGCAGGAGUCAGGCGUGUAAGACAUGUGGUUGGAGAAAUAUUUUGAAACAGGACUUCUCAGUGUAUUUGAAAUUGACUAACACUGAAUGAAAUGAAGCAUAAAUAUUUGGUGUGAGGC